UUUUCUCUCAAAGGGGCGGGUGACAUCGAGGCAAAAGGCCUGAUUUACGCCAACCCCCCCAAUCAGCCCGCAGCCGUUCUUAGAGGUCUUCUUGGACCUCCGCAGUGCUGCGGCCGCGAGGAAAAAAAUUCUCGGCGCGCCGCCGCGGCGCACCAGGGCGCCUCGGCCAGGCGCUGCUACGGUACCUCGUUAUUGCUGGAACGGCGCGCGCGGUCGCGACCCGCGGCCCAAAAUCACCUCAGCGGUAGCAUUUAGCCCUAACUGGCGACCGAGGGACGUCGUCGCUUAGGUUACAACGAGUUUCGGCGGCCGCGAAACCGUGCCGUGCGGACUCGAAGGCUGCGGCGUUAUCGCUGUGAAUAAGCACGCGCCGCGUGCCGUCAUUGGCGCAAUGGUCAAUCAGAACGCUUGGAGCCGUCGCCGGCGGUGGGACGCCGCGGAAAAAACGCGUGGCACCUUUGCACGAGAAUGGGCGCCGAAAGAUGUUGGCGCGCUUCAGUAAGUCGGCGGCCUGUUUGAUAUCACGCUUGCCGCGUGACUUCGAGUGUGAAUGCGUCGGUCUCUGUCCGCGAUCAUGGCUCGUCUAGGCCCUCCUACAUCGCAGGCGCGCGCCCUCGAUCCACAUGCCUCAAUCGGGCUGGCCCAAUCGUGCCAGCAGCACUGGGGUUACUUUAGGUAGUGUGCUUGUAUGAUUCCUU